UGUCAUCUUUGCUCCCCGGGACAGGACGAUGAGGAGACGGAGCUGAGCGGAUAUCUCAUGGACAAGAAGAGUGAAGGAGACUUUUCUGGUCAUGCAUAUGGUAAAGCAAUUAGCCAUUUGUGGCUGAUCAGUCAAGCAGAAACGGCAAGAAUCAAUCAAUCAAAGGCUAAGUGAAGUUUCAAGUCUAGAUUUGGAGUGAUGGAGAAGCAAGAACGCAUACCUUUGGAGAAAGAAUUACAAAAGUUAUCUGUGGUGCCUCAUGAGGCAGAAAAGGGCAUACAGACUCUUGGCAGAGACGUCUUAAGUAAACCAGAAAGCCCCAAACUUGGUGAGAACAGGGAACAAAUAGAAGGGCACAGCCCUCCAGAUUUGGUGCCAGAGGAAGAGCGGCAGAAGAAGUCCGUAAGGCAAUCAGACCGGUCAGUGUCCAGCACAUCCACCUGCUCAUCAGUAGCAUACUCUUCACCAGAAAGUGACCAAGUCUUCAGUGAAGAAGAAGAAAUCCAGGCCAAGCGCAAGACUUUGAGAAAGACUAAAUCAUGGAAGACUUUCUUCACUAUGGUGCAUUGGUCCCUCCGUCGACAGAAUUCUUGGGUGCAGCUGGCAGGCCAUGAAGGUAACUUCAAAGCAAGCGAGAGAGGCCACAUCCUUAAGAAGUUUAGUCCUGUGGAAAAUGCAUGCCUUGUGGCCCUUAUGGAAGAUGUACUCCGGCCAUAUGUUCCUACCUACUAUGGACAAGUGGAGAGAGAUGAGCAGACUUAUAUUAAGAUGGAAGACUUGCUCAUGGGCCUUGAAGGACCCAGCAUCAUGGACUGCAAAAUUGGAAUUCGGACAUACCUAGAAGAGGAGUUGGCCAAGGCCCUCCUGAAACCAACACCACGCAAGGACAUGUAUACCAAAAUGGUGGCGCUGGACCCUGAAGCUCCUACACCAGAAGAACACAAGCAGCAAGCGGUUACCAAACCUCGGUACAUGCAGUGGAGGGAGAGUUUGAGCUCCACGGCAUUGCUGGGAUUCCGCAUUGAGGGUGUUACGGUUGAGGCUGGGCCUGUUAAGAAAAACUUCAAGAAAAUGAAGAGCAGAGAUAAGAUAAUGGAAACAUUUGUUCUUUUUACCAAGAGUCGGAAGGACAUCCUGGCUGCUUACCUGGAGCGGUUGGAGAACAUGCAGGCUGCACUUAAAACCUCUGACUUCUUCCGCACUCAUGAGGUGAUCGGCAGCUCACUACUUUUCGUACAUGACAGACGUGGGUUCUCCAAUGUAUGGAUGAUAGAUUUUGGUAAAACGACUCCAGCACCAUCGCAUAUUAACCUGCGACAUGAUGUCCCCUGGGAGCCGGGAACCCAUGAAGACGGCUACCUGCUAGGACUAAAGAACCUUAUUGCCACUCUCCGAGAUACCAUGCAUAUGGUGGAAGAGACUGCAGAAGAGACAUCAGAAUGUGUAGUGCAGGAGGGCGAGAAGCACACAGUUGGUGAAACGACUUUACUGAAAAGGGAGUCCAAGACAAAUACUACAAAUGGGGAAAAUAGGGAGCUUUGAAUGAGACAGUAGGCACACACCUCUACCGCCUGGUAACUCAGACCUAGGAAUUCAUGCAUGGAUUUUCUUCGCUAAAAUUACUAGAACAACAGAACUGGUCGUGUGGACUUGGGUUACUGCAAUGAACCCAUGUGAAUGUUGCUCAGAAUCUGAGAAGCAGGAGAUGAUAUACUAUACACUGAUAGAUAAUAGGGAAUGAGUUGAUCUUCUAUGAAGAUAUAAGGCCACUGGAAAACCAGGCACCACAUACACUGACGUCGACCUAGAAGACAGCAAAGAACUGGGUCUCUUGACUGUUACUGUACAGAGGGAUGAC